AUGGCAGUAGUAUUAUACCUAGGAAGAGGUCUCCUUGCUGCAUGUGUUCCUUCCCAAACCAACAUUGUUCUAUUCGCUUAUUCAACUGACAUCGAUUACAACACAUUUCGGUUGGGCGCACAGAAUCUCGUUCGCUAUUCCAUUUUCAACAAAAAACUGGCAAAUGUUCGAUUCGAUACAAAGGAGGAAGAGGAGAUCGAGUAUCACACGGAUAACAAAAGUUUCAAUGCAUCCAUAUUCUCCCACCCACCUGAUCCAUCACUUGGAUAUGGAGACACAACAACUGGAAGUAACUUGUACAAUGUUUUGAAGAAGUUUCUCAACAACAAGACAUUUUCUACUUGUGGAGCUAUAGUCGUUAUUCUAGUGAAACGGUACCCGAAUGAAUCCAAUGUAUCUGACAUUAUCUACCAACUACGAUCCAAUCAUAUACUUGUCUAUAUUACUGUAGACAGUGUCCCAUCGGGCGGUUCAAACUCCGCAACACUUUUCGAAAUGUCCAGUAAAACCAACGGAUAUUGUGUCUUCGCAAGCGAUUAUGAUCUUAUAUUUGCAUUUCAAAAUAUGGGUGCAAUACUGUACACACCUUACCAGUUUCUUGCUCAAAAUUUUGUUGUCACGGGAUCCGGUAGCCUCGAGUUACCGGUAUUCAAGACUCCGAUUCCUGAAGGAUGGGUACAAUGGACACGAGUUGUAAUAACUGUUCAGGAUCAUACACUUGACAAUUCCUUUGUAUCUGUCAACUAUACAAUUGCAAGUACUGAUGGAGUAGUUGCUUACCAGUAUCCGAAUGACCAUGCCGAUCGACGACAUGGAACUGGACAGGCGGAUUUGGUGGCUUCGAACGGAUCUCUUCAUUACAAAUGGACGAUUGACUAUCAAUACAGUACGAAUGCUCCACAAAUCAUUGAAUGCAGAAUGUACAGCUAUUCCUACCACGACUUCCUUCCACUACCAGAUUACUAA